GCGGGUUCCCUAGUGGGAGAGGAUCGCUACAUCCCAGGCGGGUUCUGCCCGGCGCUGUGCUGCAGGGGAGUGAAAGGGAUCUGCAGGGGAGUGAAGGGGAUCCGACUCCGUGGGAUGGGAGGCCCACAGAGGCUGAGUCACCUCUUCUGAGUCAGGGAUCCUCCUCCUUCUUCUCCCCUCCCCCUCCCUCUCUCCCUGAGCCCCCACCAGGGCUUGGCCCAGAGAGCCCGCGAGCGAUCGGUCGAGAAGACCGUCCGUCCAGGGCCCGGGUGGAGACGGCCACCUCGUCCUGUACGGGACCUCGGGUGGCGGGGACGGGAGAAAGGGCGCGGGGAGGCAAGGCAGCAGCCGAGGAGGCGGAGGCAGGGGGUGGGCGCCGCUAGCGAGGAGGCAGGCUCGCGGCCGCCCCUGGGCUGGGCACGGAGGCCGCGGCGGGGGCGGGCCGCGCGGCGGGCGCCAGGCCCGGGGCUGUGGGCACGGUGCCCAGCCCCCGGCGCACGCCGACCGCCGCGGCUGCCGCCGCUGCUGCAGUCGGCAUCCAUCAGCAGGCGGGGGUGUCGCGGAACAGGCUGCUCCGCAGAGCCCGCCCGCGCCGCCCCGCCCCGCGGCCUGCGGGCCCGGAGGAGUCGAGGGGAUCGGCCCUCGCCCAGCCGGCCCAAGAUGGGGACCCCCAGGCCCAGGCGUGCUGGUCACCAUGACAACAGAGACAGGCCCUGAUUCUGAGGUGAAGAAGGCUCAGGAGGAGACUCCACAGCAGCCUGAGGCUGCUGCAGCUGUGACCACCCCAGUGAACCCUGCAGGCCACAGCCACCCAGAGACCAACUCCAAUGAGAAGCAUCUGCCCCAGCAGGACACAAGGCCUGCUGGACAGAGCCUAGAUAUGGAGGAUAAGGACUAUUGUGAGGCCGAUGGCCUGUCGGAGAGGACCACGCCCAGCAAGGCCCAGAAGUCACCCCAGAAGAUUGCCAAGAAGUUCAAGAGUGCCAUCUGCCGAGUCACUCUGCUCGAUGCCUCUGAGUACGAGUGUGAGGUGGAGAAGCACGGCCGGGGCCAGGUGCUGUUUGACCUGGUCUGUGAGCACCUCAACCUCCUGGAGAAGGACUACUUCGGUCUGACCUUCUGUGAUGCCGACAGCCAGAAGAACUGGCUGGACCCUUCCAAGGAAAUCAAGAAGCAGAUCCGGAGCAGCCCCUGGAAUUUUGCCUUCACAGUCAAGUUCUACCCUCCUGACCCGGCCCAGCUGACAGAAGACAUCACUAGGUAUUACCUGUGCCUGCAGCUCAGGGCAGACAUCAUCACAGGCCGGCUGCCCUGCUCCUUUGUCACACAUGCCCUGCUGGGCUCCUAUGCUGUACAGGCUGAGCUGGGAGACUAUGAUGCAGAGGAGCACAUGGGCAACUAUGUCAGCGAGCUCCGUUUCGCACCAAACCAGACCCGGGAGCUGGAGGAGAGGAUCAUGGAGCUGCACAAGACGUACAGGGGCAUGACCCCAGGAGAGGCGGAGAUCCACUUCCUGGAGAAUGCCAAGAAGCUGUCCAUGUAUGGGGUUGAUCUGCACCACGCUAAGGACUCUGAGGGAAUCGAUAUCAUGCUGGGUGUCUGUGCCAACGGCCUGCUCAUCUACCGGGAUCGCCUGAGAAUCAACCGUUUUGCCUGGCCCAAGAUCCUCAAGAUCUCCUACAAGAGGAGUAACUUCUACAUCAAGAUCCGGCCUGGGGAGUAUGAGCAGUUUGAGAGCACCAUCGGCUUCAAGCUCCCUAACCACCGCUCAGCCAAGCGGCUGUGGAAGGUCUGCAUCGAGCACCACACCUUCUUCCGGCUGGUAUCCCCGGAGCCACCACCCAAGGGCUUUCUGGUGAUGGGCUCCAAGUUCCGGUACAGCGGAAGGACGCAGGCACAGACCCGACAAGCCAGCGCCCUCAUCGACCGGCCUGCACCCUUUUUUGAGCGUUCCUCCAGCAAGCGAUACACCAUGUCCCGCAGCCUUGAUGGAGCGGAGUUCUCCCGUCCUGCCUCAGUCAGCGAGAACCAUGAUGCGGGGCCUGACGGGGACAAGCGAGAAGACGAUGCGGAGUCAGGGGGACGGCGCUCAGAGGCCGAAGAAGGAGAGCUCAGGACCCCCACCAAGAUAAAGGAGCUAAAGCCGGAGCAGGAAACCACGCCAAGACACAAGCAGGAGUUCUUGGACAAGCCAGAGGAUGUCCUACUGAAGCACCAGGCCAGCAUCAAUGAGCUCAAGAGGGCCCUGAAGGAACCCAACAGCAAACUCAUCCACCGGGAGCGAGAUCGGGAGCGGGAGCGCAGGCUGCCCUCGUCGCCCGCCUCCCCCUCCCCCAAGGGCACCCCUGAGAAAGCCAGUGAGGCCCAGAGGACCCAGGACACUUCUCAGCAGGACUUGGUACCUGGAAGAGCAGCAGGCUUGGAGGUGUUCACUCAGAAAAGCCUCGCAGCAUCUCCUGAGGGCUCAGAGCAUUGGGUAUUUAUAGAGAGAGUAUACACUAGGCCAGAAGAACUUGGCCUCCUAACAGUGGCCACCACACAACGGGAAGAAAGUGAGGCGGGCCUCGCUGAGAUCCUUGCUGAUGGCAGACUCUCCAAGGUAGACAUUCUGGUGGACAAGUUCAAAGUUGAAGUGGCCACGGAAGAAACAGUGGGAACCAGAAGAGCAAGCACUCAACAGCAAGGGGAGAUGGUUGCAAGUCCAGAGGUCUUUGAGACAAUGAGAGAGGAAGGCCUGUGCAUCAAGGGAGGCCACAGAGAGGCUGCCCGGGCUGCAGGCUGCACAUCACCAGACAAUCUUCUCGAGGGCUCCGAGCUCAAGAUCCGGAACCGCCGCAUCUCAGAGGGUCAGCUGGAGAGCCCAGUAGAGCUGAGCAAGGGGCUGGAGGGGCUCCAGACUUGGCAGAGGCCUACAGCACCGGGAGCCGGGCCAGAACCAGAAGAAGUCCUCUCUCCUGCAUCAGACAAGGGAGGACUCCAGUCCUUCCUGUUGGAUCCUGCCCAGGCAGAAGCCAGGGCUGACUCCAGCGACGAGACUGACACCUCCUUUGCAGAGAGGAGCUUCUAUCUAAACUACGGCGAGAAAGACUCCGAAGACCAAAUUCUGCCCCUGCCGUCAGAGGACAGAGAAGAGCACCCGGAUGCCCCUCCUGGAGAUGGGCCCUGGCUGGAGCUGGCAGAGGAGUACACAGAGCGCUGGGAGCUGAAGUCCUCAGCCCCAAGGGGUUCUGCCCCAGGUUCCAGCCGGAAUCAAGAUGAAACCCCUGUGACUCCCUCACAGGGAGAAGCCCGGUCCCCUAGGGACCAUGGGAGGCCUGGUGACCUGCCAGGAGCUGCUGGACAGACUUUUGCAGACUGGGAAGAAACGCAGCAAAGGCUGGAAGGAGAGUUGACCUACCCAAUGGCCAGGGCAGCUGAAGAUGAGGAGGCCGCCAUGAGUAUAGAUGGGAUGGGAAAGACUGAGGAAAGUCCCCCAGCAGGAUGGAAGAAGCAGCCCCCUGGUGGAGGAGGAGGGGUGCACCUAGAUGCCCAGGCCUGUGCCCUUCUGAGGACCAUUCCUCCUCAUGUUAGGAAGCCAGUCAGGCCAAACCAAGGUGGCCUUCUGCCCAAAGAAAAGAGGGCAAUUUCCACUCAGGCAGCCAGGACAGAGGACAGGGAUGCUGUCACCCCCUUGCCAGCAGCUAUGGAGGACACUUCUCAAAGCCCAGUCUCUCCUUGGCCAGGGAAGCCUUUGGAGUUCGGGGAUCCCUUUGGAGAUCAGGUCCCCAUAAUUCUCAAACACACCUAUCUUCCUGAAGAGAGCCCCGUGCCCAAGGACACACGAGGUGAACGCAAGGCACCCCCAGUUGCCAGCAAGAAACCCAGAGCUGUCCCUGAAGGAGCUGAGGGUCCUGCACUCUUGGGGUUUGUGUUCCCUUCAGAAAAGCAAAAGGAGACUUCGCUCCGGGCUGGGGACCAAGGGGAUUCCCAGGAAGAUAUUAGCAAGACCUCAGUGGCUAACAAAAUCCGGAUGUUCGAGACCCACGGAGCUGAGACUUGCCGAGCCAGUCAGGGUGAAUUGAGGGCCCUUCCACGUGAGCUGCCUCCAGAGGCUGCCCCAGGGCAGGUAGAACAUCCACGAAAUAGGCCCCUAGACUUGGGCUUUGGCCAACUCCAGCCCCCUGGGGACUUGGCCAGCCCCAAAGUUACACACUCUUCUGUCAUGCCUCUGGCUACCCCGCACUAUGGGGAGGGCACCUCUACUACCUCCCACCAGGAAAGAUGCACAGAACCAGAGCUCGUGUCCCCUGAUUCAGGCUGUGAAACCACGCUGGAGGAAGCUACCGGGGUAACUGGCCACAACAAAUCCGGAGAUGCGGGCAGGGAAGAGAAGAGCUUCUUCAGCCGCUUAGCACCAAACACCCCUGGGAAGGGGGGGCGCCUGAGAUUCGCCAGCCCUCCGGGCCCUCAGAGAGCAGGGCUGAGGGAGGGCUCGGAGGAGAAAGGCAAGCCACCACGUCCUCGUGCCCCAGAGAGUGACACAGGAGAUGAGGACCAGGACCAGGAGAGGGAUGCGGUAUUCUUGAAGGACAACCACCUGGCCAUCGAACGCAAGUGCUCCAGCAUAACGGUCAGCUCCACAUCCAGCCUGGAGGCUGAGGUGGACUUCACGGUUAUUGGCGAUUACCACGGCAGCGCCUUUGAAGACUUCUCCAGAAGCCUCCCUGAGCUGGACCGUGAUAAGAGCGACUCUGAGACAGAAGGCGGCUUGGUGUUCUCCCGGGAUCUCAAGGGGCCCUCCAGCCAAGAGGAGGAGUCUGGGGGCAUCGAGGACAGCCCAGACCGAGGGGCCUGCUCCACUCCAGAAAUGCCCCAGUUUGAGUCUGUGAAAGCAGAAACCAUGACUGUCAGCAGUCUGGCAAUCAGAAAGAAGAUUGAGCCAGAAGCCAUGCUGCAGAGCAGAGUCUCCGCUGCGGACAGCACCCAGGUUGACGGCAGUGCCCCAGUAGGGAAGGACUUCAUGACCACUCCCCCCUGCAUCACCACAGAGACCAUCUCCACCACCAUGGAGAACAGUCUCAAGUCCGGGAAGGGGGCAGCUGCCAUGAUCCCAGGCCCACAGACGGUGGCCACGGAAAUCCGUUCUCUUUCACCGAUCAUCGGGAAAGAUGUCCUCACCAGCACCUACGGCGCCACUGCGGAAACCCUCUCCACCUCCACCACCACCCAUGUCACCAAAACUGUGAAGGGAGGGUUUUCUGAGACAAGGAUCGAGAAGCGAAUCAUCAUUACCGGGGACGAAGAUGUCGAUCAAGACCAGGCCCUGGCCUUGGCCAUCAAGGAAGCCAAACUGCAGCAUCCAGACAUGCUGGUAACCAAAGCUGUUGUCUACAGAGAAACAGACCCAUCCCCGGAGGAGAGGGACAAGAAGCCACAGGAAUCCUGACCUCUGUGAAGAGAUGCUGGCGUGUCUGGUCCAACCCAAGCCAGAGAACCAUUAAGAAGGGGCCUUCACUCUGGAUUCUCCGACAACACCAACAUCCCAGCUGCGACGUACUGUCACUGAUGAGAGACUGGGAAGGGAAAGCAUAUAUAUAUAUAUAUAUAUAUAUAUAGAUAUAGAUAUAUAUAUACAGGAAACACUGCGUCCUUGCACGGCUGCUGGGGCUGGCGGAGCAGUCAGCUGAUGGCGACAGCCAACAUCUGCAACAACCUUCAUUUCCUUUGCAGACAAAUUGAAUUGGUGGAAAUUUUUUUUUUUCAGGAAAAUAUGUAACAAUCAUAAUCUCUCACUCCCCGACCCCUUUCUCCUGCCAAACUACAAAAGCAGACCAUGAUGAUUGUAGAUGUCCCCUUGAGCCCCGGCUGCAUACACUCCAGGAUGGGUGAGCAUCCCAUUUGUUCUCCAGCCUCUGUUGCUCCUAAUGCAAAGGAAGAAAAAAAAAAAAAGAUCACGUAGCCAAGCAAGAGAAGUCACAGCAGCAAGACACGCAGUCAGCUGUUUUCCAAGAAA